AUGGAUAUUGACGACAUCCUGCGCGAGGUCGACCCGACCUUCGACUUCGUCCCCGGAGAGACCCGCGACCUCCAAGCUCUUACACGCGCGUGGGUGGCAGAGAGAUCCGCACCAGAACUGCUAGAUUGGCCGCCAGACGGGCUCUUCGAGCGCAUCAAUGACCGCAUCAAGCAGCAGAUCGAGAGGGUCGAAGAGAUGACGGGCGACAUGGACCCCAAGACCAACUUCGCCCUCAUAGUCAUCCAGACCGAGCUCGAGCGCUUCAAGUAUCUCGUGCGAAGCUACCUGCGUGCGAGAAUAGCCAAGAUUGAUAAGCACACCUUGCACUAUCUGUCCUCGCCCGCCCUCCGAGCUCGCCUCUCCGAAACAGAGCAGGCAUACGCAACACGGCAUCAGGCCUUACUCCACAACCACUACUUGUCGUCCUUCCUCUCGUCCUUCCCGCAGUCCCUCCAGAAUCUGAACGACCAGGCCGGCAAUAUCAGCAUGAUCGACACUCCAGACCUCGAGACUGCCGUAUUCAUACGCCUGCUGACAGACACUCUCGUCGAGGGUCGCGGUACUGAUUCCGACGGAGGCAUGGAUGGAAAAAUUGGCGACAUCGUCAUUCUCAGAUGGUCAGAUGCUAAGCCUCUGGUCGAUUCGGGUCGGGCUGAAGUCAUAUGA